AUGUGUCCUCCAAUACCUUCCCCACUUUCUGAAAUUGGUUCGAGUGAUGAACAAAUCAUUUUGUCACUUGAUGAGUACUUAUGUGGGUCCCCUCUUCCAAAUAACGUGAUAGCAGAUCUAAACCCAUACCAGUACAAUCCCUCAAAUUUACCAGUUGGAAUUUGGUACCUCAUUCAUUCAAAUGAGAGAAAAGAGACAGCCUUUGGAUUUUGGAAAGCCAAAGGAGAGACUCAUGAGAUAUAUUUGAAUUCUGAAUUAAGUGGUUGGAGAACUACUCUUGAAUUUUUUGAAGGUGAAGCCCCUAAUGGACGAAAAACUUGUUGGCUUAUGCAAGAGUACAGGAUAACACAAAAGGGAUUAUGUCAUAAAACCGAGCCAAAGGACACUAAAUCACUUUGCAGAAUUUUCCUUCCCAGUGUGCAUAGCCCCAAAAAUGACAUUCAGCCCAAUUACAACAAGACUGAUGUUAGUGCGAAAUGCAUUGGUUCAGUGGCAUCAGUUAACCCGAGCAAUAAUAAUACCUCAGGACAAGAUUCUUCAAGCAAAUUUGAGGUGAAGAGGGUCCAGAACACUUUUCCAGAUGAUUUUGCAGAGCUAGAAUGUUUCUCGAGAGGUGACUUCUUGGAAUUGGAUGAUCUUGCAGAACCUGGGUCACUUUCUUCUAGUUCAGAGAAUUCAAGUUGUCCAAGCCGGGCAUCCGAUGAAUAUUUUGAUUCAUUGGCAUUGUUGCGGGACCUGAAUGAUGAGGCUAACAAACAACUUCAAGGGAAGGAUUUAAGCAAGUAUAGUUUUUCUGCAACUGUUAGACCAGAUAAGGUGGUUAUGAAGCCAGCCACUUUAGGAUCUAUACAGAGUGCUGCUGGAAGUAAGCAUGCAGUAGAAGGAUUCCUAACUGGGUCAGCACUCAACCCCAAUCAAAGGCAGAAGUCGGAGCACAGAAUUGAAGGCGCAUCAAUUAUGUAUGAUGAAGUAAAGCCAUCUACUAGCCAAAAAGCUGUGUCCACCGGAGAAAGAAAGGCUGUUGUAGGCAGAAUGCAAAGGCUCAAGGAGAUUCUCUGUUGUUUCUAA